AUGAGGGCGGCGGCUAGACGGCGGAGUCGCUGCUCCGCCUCCCUCCGCUUCUCCACCGUCGCCUGGUUUUCCCCGCCGCCGCCGGCGGAGCUCCUGGACCCCGUGCUGGCCACCGUCUCCGAGGCCAUCCGGGACACCGCCACCCCCGGGAAGACCCUCGACUCCUCCGCCCCACUCAUCCGGAUCCUCCCUUCCUUCACGCCCUCCCACUUCGUCUCCCUCCUCGCCGGCGAGCCUUCCCCUCUCCCCGCACCGUCGCUCCUCUCUUUCUUCCACUGGCUCUCCCUGCGGCCCCCUGAGCUCUUCUGCCACACUCUCGAGACUUACCUCUCCAUGGCGCACUUCCUCUGCCGCCACCGCAUGGUCUCCGAUGCCACCCACCUCCUCCGCACCGUCGUCUCCAGGAAAGGUAAGAACUCCGCGCACCACCUCUUUUCCGCGGUCCUCCGGACCUCCGCCGAUGCGCCGCGCCACUGCUCGCCGCACUCCUCCAUCUUCGACGCCAUGGUGAUCGCGUAUGCCGAUUCCGAGUACGUCUCCGAUGCUAUCCAGUGCAUCCGAUUGAUAAGAAAGUCGCGGUUCCGCCUUCCUCUGGGCGCCUGCGCCCGCCUCCUCGAUAUCCUGAUAAAGUCGAACUCACCAGCCGCUGCGUGGGCAUUCUACUCUGAGAUUCUUAGCUAUGGCUUCCCCCCGAACGUUUACACCUUCAAUAUACUGAUGCAUUCCUUCUGCAAGGAGGGGAAGGUCAAGGAGGCGCAUCUGAUUUUUGACGAAAUCACACACAAGGGUGCGAAACCGACCGUCGUGAGCUUCAACACUCUGAUCAAUGGGUACUGCAAAUCUGGAAACCUAGAAGAAGGGUUUGAGCUGAAGAGGGCGAUGCAGGAAGCUGGAGUCUCUCCUGAUGUCUUCACCUACAGCGUGCUGAUCAAUGGGCUGUGCAAAGGGAGACGCCUGGAAGACGCAAACAUCACAUUCAAGGAGAUGUGUUCGAGAGGACUGAUCCCCAACAAUGUCAUGUUCACGACACUGAUUGAUGGGCAUUGCAAAGAUGGAAAGAUUCACACAGCCCUGGACAUCUACGACGAGAUGUUGAAGAAGGGUGUGAUGCCAGAUUUGGUCACGUACAAUGCUCUUGUCAAUGGGCUGUGCAAAUAUGGGGACAUGCAGAAAGCAAAGUGGAUUGUGGAAGAGAUGAAGAGAAAGGGGUUGAAGCCUGAUAAGAUUACGUAUACUACACUCAUCGAUGGGUGCUGCAAAGAGGGAAACUUGGAAGCAGCAUCUGAGAUAAGAACAGAGAUGAUGCUGGAGAAGGUGGAGCUCGAUGAUGUGGCAUAUACAGCACUGAUUUCUGGAUUGUGUAGGGAAGGGCGAGCUCUAGAUGCUGUAAGAACCCUGCAUGAGAUGAUGAGAGCUGGUAUGGUUCCAGACGAAGCCAUGUACACCAUGGUCAUUGAUGGACUUUGCAGGAGAGGUGAUCUAAAGCUGGCUUUCAAACUUCUGAGAGAGAUGCAGAGCAGAGGUAAAAAACCAGGUGUUGUGACGUAUAAUGUGAUCAUGAAUGGGCUUUGCAAGUUAGGUCAGAUGAAGAAUGCGAACAUGCUCUUGAAUGCUAUGCUUAAUCUAGGAGUAGUACCAGAUGAUGUGACCUACAAUAUUUUGUUGGAAGGACAUUGCAGGCAUGGAGAUGCUGCAAAGUUGAAGGAGCUGCGUGAUGAGAAGGGAAUGGUGGCUGAUUUUGCCACUUAUACUUCAUUGAUCGAUGAGUCCCUAAAGAAGUCAACGACUGAUCAUUAUACAUAA